CGAGUUUACUAUGUAUAAAUACAGCUCAAAAUUUACUGUGAGCCACAAACCCUAACAAUCUCAAAAGCUCUCAACUUUCCGAUCAUCCAUGGCGAUAAUCUCCGAUAUCCAAGAGGAGCAGCAACAGAAGUCACCGCAAGCCAAAUCGGCGUCGGCGUCGGCGUCCGGUUCGGCCUCGUCGUCGUCGUCGGGGGCGAGGGUGGCGGCGACGUCGUUCAGCACCAAGUUCGAUCGGAACAAUACGUCGGGGUUUCUGGAGAAGGCGUUUGAGUUUCUGGCGCAGGAGAGCGACUUCAUGCGGCGGCCGACGGCGGAGAGGGAUCUGGUGGCGGUUUUCAAGGCGGUGAGGGAGAAGGAGAGGAAGAAGAUGGAGGAGGAGAGGAAGAAGCGGUGGGCGGAGGAGGAGAAGACGAAGAAGAAGGAGGCGGAGGCCAAGGCCAAGGAGGAGGCUGAGGCGGAGCCGAAGCCGGUGGUGGAGGAGAAGAAGAAGGACAAGGAGGUGGAGGCGCCGAAAGCGGUGGCGGAGGAGAAGAGCGGCAAGAGAGUUCCAAACAAAGGGAAUGGGCUUGAUAUGGAGAAAUACUCGUGGACUCAGAGUCUGCAGGAGGUUAAUAUCAUCAUUCCAGUUCCUGCUGGAACUAAAUCAAGGGAUAUUGUGUACGAGGCAAAGAAGAACCGUCUGAAGUUUGGACUGAAGGGUCAGCCUCUUAUCAUUGAUGGGGAGCUCUUUCAGUCUAUCAAGCCUGAUGAUUGCUUAUGGAGCAUAGAGGAUCAAACUGCUGUGUCUAUUCUCCUGACCAAACACAACCAAUUGGAGUGGUGGAAAGCUCUGCUGAAAGGUGACCCUGAAAUAGACACUCAGAAAGUUGAGCCAGAGCCUAGCAAGUUGUCUGACCUGGAUUCUGAAACACGCCAGACAGUUGAGAAGAUGAUGUUUGAUCAGCGGCAGAAGCAGAUGGGCCUUCCCACCAGUGAGGAAAUGCAGAAGCAGGAGAUCUUGAAGAAAUUUAUGUCUGAGCAUCCGGAAAUGGACUUCUCAAAGGCCAAGGUACAGUGAAUGGGGUGAUGCGGUUUGCUGACUACUUUCUUGUUUGUCUUAGAAGUUUGGUGCUCUCUGACUGUGGAGAUAUUUUGGAGCUCAGCUUUGGUUAUUUUGUAGGGCUUAUCCGAGUAGCUGGGUGAUGGGUGAUGUGGGUUGAAUGGUUUAACAAUAUGCCUAUAAACUAGUAUAACUCUCUAUUUUCUUUCGGUGCGUAAAUCAAAUGUCCUUUCUCCCCUAUUGUUUGUGGUGCUCUGAACAAUUCUUCUUACUCGGCUUCCUGGUAGAUGCAGUUUUGCA